UGAUCGCUAGGUGGUAGUUUGCAAAAACAAAGCUUCGACUAGUCGACUCGAAUCUAGCUUUGAAGUUUUUUUGUUGAUUGACUAAACUAAAAACGCAGUUAAAGCCUGUAGAAAGAUGGUGUGCGAUAAAUGUGAGAAAAAACUGGGUAAAGUUAUAACUCCAGACCCAUGGAAAUCAGGAGCUCGAAAUACCACAGAAGGUGGUGGUCGCAAGCUCAAUGAAAACAAAGCUCUUACUUCUACAAAAAAUCGUUUCAACCCAUAUACACCGAAAUUUGAAGGCUGCAGAAUAUGUAAACAGAAAGUUCAUCAAAAUGGAUCGUAUUAUUGUCAACCUUGUGCUUAUAAAAAAGGAAUCUGUUCGAUGUGUGGAAAGAAAAUUAUUGACACAAAAAGCUACAAACAAUCUUCCACUUGAUAAUCUGUUGUGUUAUGUUGUGUUACAAUCUUGUCUAUGUCUCCUAAUCUUUAAGUGAAUGUGACAUUGAAUGGAAUAUAUGAAAUUAAGAUGCUUGAAA